AUGGUCAAAAUGCAAGAGGAGAUGAAUCAACAUGCUCAUGAUGUCAAUCCCCCUCCUAAUCCUCAUGUCAUAGAGAAUCCAACGCCUCUUCCUCAAAGCAACCCUCCAGAUUAUAUUCCAAUAGGUACACCUAGUGGUGUCCCCCUGGCUACUCGCAAUCCUCAUGUUAUUGAAGUAGACGACCACCAAUACCCUUUCUCCAGCCCUAGGGAUUCCUCCAUGUAUGAAGCUUUUGGUCCUCCUACCAACGAGAUGGAGAAUAAAGUUAAAGCCAUCAAAGAGAAGCUGAGAGCGAUUCAAAGUACAAACACUUUAGGCCUUGAUGCUGUCGAAAUAUGCUUGGUUCCUGGCGUGGUCAUCCCAUCCAUAUUCAAGGUCCCUGACUUUGAAAAAUAUAAAGGAGCCAGCGAUCCAAGAACUCAUAGUCGAGCCUAUUGUCUUAAGAUGGCCACCUAUUCUGACGAUGAUCGACUCCUUAUGCAUUUAUUUCAAGAUUCAUUGAGUGGAGCAUCAUUGGAUUGGUACAUGCAUCUAGAAGGUACCCACAUCCGCACAUAG